UAUUUACAACAAUAUUAUCUGAAGCCUGUCCGCCGCUGCUGUCCACCACAGACAGGCAGACAGCGAGUCACGCCGUCGCUACGGCAGCUUUCGUUUUUUUUUCCUCCCAGUCAUACGAUGGGUGUCUCUUCCAGUUAGGACUUCUUUUGUGCAUUUUCCUAUAAUGUUGGCAAGUGAUAUCCGUCUACCGUGUGCACUGCAGUGGUGCGCAGCUUCGCCUGGAGAAACACCUGUGCGCCUCUCCUCUCCACUGGCCACAGUCAUGAAUGUUGAGUAGGCAGCACACGAUUACACAGUCUACAGCUCGCCCCCUCCCUCCCCCUGAGGAUCCAUUUAUGCAGCUCCUGCUGAGCAACCUAUGAAUGCCAAUUAUAAAUGUGGAGAACAGAGAACCCUAAGGUGCGGUGUCUGUCUGCAUUUGUCUGAGAGAGCGAGAGAGGGAGCAGCACAAAUACCGCACAGCCAGACAUCAUGCAAGGAGAAACCUUCCCUCGCUGCAGAGUGCUGAAAUGUUAGGACUGAAGAGCGAGGGUGUCAGAUCUAAUCAGCAGACUGUUUACAAUAGGGGCAGCGAUAAGAGCUGCUCAACACUAGACUCACUAACACCCUGUGUGUGGUUUAAGGCCCCUUUCAAUCACGAUCAGGAAAAUCAAGAAAAGACGUGUUAGCUCAUCUUUCAUCAGCACUCCCCCCCCCCCUCCUGUCAGAAUCAGCAAUCCAGAAAGGAGGCGAGAUGGAGUGGUCACUAGAGAGUGUGAGGGAGAUGGUGGCUGGAGGGAUGCAGUCAAUACGGGAGUGUGAGAUCUGUGCUUUUGCCAUAGCCAUGUGUGUGCUCCUGCUGUUUAUGUGGUAUUGUUACAGGGUGGGCCGGGAGCACGGAUCCAGCCCUUUGCGUGGGAGGUAUCUGGCUGGGCCCGGCCGGAUCGGAGGGGUGGUGGGGGGCUUCAUGAGUUCAGACUGUCGCGGCAGGGGCAAAGGGAAACACGGAUCAAUGCUAGAGGAGCAGAACGGCUUUGCUUUCUGCCAGUCGUCAGAGUGUUUCCGCUGCACCAGCGCUGGGGAAAGCCUGAACCAGAGGCUCUAUCACAGCCUGCAGGAUUACGCCAAGCGCUACACCUGGUCAGGUAUGGGCCGGGUGCAUAAAGGGGUCCGCGAUCAAGGCCGAUACCUCAACAGCCGACCAACCAUCCAGCGGCCGGAGGUCUUCUUCCUCCCCGACCUGCCGUCAGCCCCUUUCUUCUCCAGGGAAGUGCAGAGACACGACGUGGAGCUGCUGGAGCAGAGCUUCCCCGCCCUUCUGGCCGAGUUUGAGAGCAUCUACCACCAACCUCCGGCCCGCAGCGGCUCCUCCCUCCCGCCAGGGUGGAAAGCCAACAGCACUCCUCGCGGGCAGUGGUGGACCUACUACCUGGUCAACCAAGGCACCCCUCUGGUUCUGAAUGUCAGGAGAUGCCCGCGGGCGUGGAGGGUGCUGGGACAGCUGCGCACCUUCAUCGCCAACAACGUGUUUGGCAACGCCUGCUUCUCCGUGCUGACGCCUGGAGCCCUGAUCACUGAGCAUUACGGUCCAACAAAUGUCAGGCUGCGCUGCCACCUGGGUCUCAGAGUGCCCCCUUCCUGUGAGCUUGUAGUUGGUGGAGAGCCACAGUGCUGGUCUGAGGGCAGCUGUCUGCUUUUUGACGACUCCUUCCUCCACAGGGCUUUUCACGAGGGUGGCGCAGAGGACGGCCCCAGGGUGGUCUUCAUGGUGGACCUCUGGCACCCCAACGUGGCCGCUGCAGAGAGACAAGCCUUGGACUACAUUUUUACUCCGGGCCGUUUAGAGGACAAGGAAGGGAAAUAGGUGUGAGUGAGAAACCAUGUCCAAGCGAGAGACAGAUGGCCUUUAGGGAAGUGUCUGUAGGAUGGGGGAGCGACUCUUUUUCUGCCUCCAGACCAGCUCUCACAUUCACUGUGUACAUAUUCUCCGGCUCGUACAGUAUCUCUCAUAACUCUUCUUAGCAGAUGACUAAACAUUGGGCCUCUUUUAUCAGCCAUGUUCAUGUUUCUGCCUGCGUGGUAACAGACAGCCACACUUGAAAGUAUUUACUUCCAUUUUUUAAAACAUAGCAGGCGCACUAUUGUUGAUGCAGCCAUUUCAUUAGUUUGGAUUAAUACCAUGGCAGUGACAUUUUAGGUUAUUUUAUUUUAAAUCACUGACUGUUCUGUGAAUUUACACAUAAAUGAAUGAUUUAUUUGUUCCAGCAAAUAUAUUUUUCCUCUAACUUUGGACCGAAUUUAUUUCUGUCCAAGAUUCGGGUCAUGACAGUUUUAGUUUGGCUGCUGCUUGAAACAGUUCAACAGGUUGCUGGUAGGGAGCGAAGUACGCUACAGAUGUGAUAAAUGAGUCAUAGCGAGACCGAACAAUAAUGUGUCACACUCUCGCUGUUACACAUAAAAAGUUCCACAGGCCAACCUAUUCUAUUAGCUAUAAAUGAGCUGGAGUCACUUGAGUAAGCGUUUACGGGCCCCCAAACUCUCCCCAGACUUUAGAGACACAACACAAACACACAUUACUUUACACUUAACAUCGAACACAUCUUUACUGAUUCUUUUACACCUGCUGUAACACCCGCAUACAUUUCCGCAAGGGCUAAGAAAUUUGAUCAUUCAACUUUUUUUGAUGUUCCUCAACACAUCCAGUCCCACUUCAAAUUCAAAUUUUCGACUGUUUUAAGUUUUGAUGAACGACCCGGCGCUCUCCCGCCUCAAGAAUGUUGUCAUAUUUUCAGUGAUUGUAGAAUCCAUUAUGAUUCAUGUAACGUCACAGCAAAAGUGAUGCUAAAAGGAACCACUGCCAGAGCACUGGUUGGUUUUCUGUGGAAAAGGUUCUGAUAGCCACAUUGAGUCAAUGACGAAGUCAUUAAUUGAGCCACACUGGGAUGUUUCUCGGUGAGUUACAGGUUGCACAGUUUAGAUUUUCUGACAUUCUGACUGAACUGGCGACUGUUUCUAGAUAAAUAAACCGCAUGCAUUGCAGACAGUGGUACGUCGUUGAGGCGAACAGAUUCAUCCACAUGUGGUUUGAUAACCGAGGUCCAAUGUCCACCAUGACGUGAAUGUUUACAGACGCAGCUAAUGUCUCUGUCACGACUCCUGCCGGUGUGGUAGUUUAUUGUGCUCCCCUUCGAAAAUCAGUCCUGCUUUCACAAGACAUGGUUAGAGAAGCACAUUUUUAGGUCAAAUAGUGUGAGCCGGCCUGUGCUGUAACACUGGAGAUGAAGUGUUUUUGGUAAAUUUACUAAACUCUUGUAAUUUGGUUGUAUUUGAUAUCAGGUUUGUAUUUCUGUAAAUAGGGUUGAGGUAACAAACCGAGCAGUCUGAGAUGUUUUGAAAUGAUUGUCUUCAAUGCUAUAACUAUUGUGUUGUCUUGAUUUACAGCUAAAGUGAUUGCACUUCAUUCUCUGAAAAGCCAACCAUGAAAAUCAUUUUGAUAGAUUCAAUUUGUAGAUUCUGUAAAAUGUUUAUGAAGUAUUAUCUCUGUUGUUCUGUGAUGUUUUUUUAUGUUGUCACUCUGUAAUUUGGCCGAGCCAUAUGGUAUCCAUUAUUAAAAAGCCACAAUCCUUAA